ACGGCCCACGAAAGUUACCAAGCUACUUCGGCGUGACCUUAUUAAUAUUCACGAUAAAGCCUUCGCCAUAGUGCGGUUUGUAAUUACGUGACCCUCCCACACUCUCAUUCUCCGUUCAUCGGCCGUCCUCAGCAUCCCCUCUGUGAUGAUGGCGUGUGUGGAUGCUGCUAAUGCGGCGGAGCCUGGGGCCUAACCCAACCGGUUAACGUUACCGGGAAACUCAAGAAACGAGGACGUGCGGUGGUGGGCAUUAUGAGCCUAACCUUUAACGGCAGGCUACCGGAUCACUGCUGUAUCUCAUGUCAGGGUGUUUGCGUGAAACCAAGGAAUGAAGUGCUGCAACCAUGAUGCAAGGACUGAAAAAGCGUACCCGAAAGGCCUUCGGGAUACGAAAAAAAGAAAAGGACAGUGACUCCACUGGAUCACCAGACAAGGAAAAAUCAAAAAAAACUAACGGGGCACCUAAUGGCUUCUACGGUGAGAUUGACUGGGAUCGAUAUAACUCUCCUGAUGUGGAUGAUGAGGGGUACAGCGUUAAACCCGGAGAACAAGGGGGAACAGCUCCAAAAGUCAAGACAUUCUUCUCCUCCAGCGAGUCAGAAGGAGAAGAGGAGCAUGGGAAAAAAUUUAAGAUCAAGAUCAAGCCAUUGACAGCAAACAGUGGAAACUGCACAGUUUCUGCUAUGAAUGAGCUGAAGGCCUCAGUGGGGACACUGGCCAUCUCUCCUUCUCCUUUGAGAAAGAGUCCGAGGCGAAGUCCAUGCCCAGUGAAACGGAACCUGUCAAGUGAAGAGAUAGCAAGACCAAGACGAUCUACUCCAACACCAACUACAACCCCAGGGCCUAGUUCGGACCCAAUCAGAGAAACCUCAACAGCAUUCUUUGGCCCACCAUUUGAGACCAAUUUUGAAGCACAAAACUCUGAAGUGUUCGCGGUUGAGACCGAACUCUGGUGUCAGUCCACUACACUCUCCACCUGUGUUCUGAGCAGAUCUCUGCCUACUGGAGCUCCACCACCUCUUCCUCCAAAGAACAUUCCUGGUACUCCACCUGGACGAAGUUCUAGCUCAGUAGAAUCCUCUGGUUAUUAUAGUGUGGUUCCUAGUGUCAAAGGAUAUGGGUCAUCUUCAGUCUAUCAGGAGGCUGCAUUUUCUGACCCAGUUGCAGGGGUGUGUAUGCCUGAUUUGGACAGUGUUUUUGGGCCUGUUGAAACACCCAAGUCUGGAUCAGACAUGGUCCAGUGCAGCUGGGUGAACUUUGAAGGAUCUCCUGCCAGACCUCCUCCCCCAAAUGAACCUGCCCCUUCCCCACCGCUGUCCUCAUCCCCAACAGACUCGCCUCCGGACUCACCCCUAACCUCGCCCCUCAACCUGCCACCUCCCACCUCACCCCCUCCGCUGUUUCACUCCAUUCCACCACCAGAUUCACCUCCACCACCACCACCCUCAGACUCUCCUCUGAGUCCCUUGGACCUUCCCUGCUGCUUUCAGAUCCCAGAAUCAGAGUUCGUCCAAGAGUCGCCAGUCACCCCUGCAAGCCCUGGAAUGCCCUUUCUUCCAAUGGACCAUCACCCUCCGCAUGGAGCUAUUCCCUCUCCUCUUGCAAUGACGGAAGACAGCAGAAGAACACCUGACCUGGCAGGUGUGAGAGAUGAGUUAUCUGUGUUUGGCACAUCAUCCAAAGACCUUGCAGCAGGAACUUUCAGAGGAACCCCACCUCCACUGCCUCCUCCUACCUACAGGAGUGUGAUGGGCUCCCCAGGACCCGGGAGUGGGCCAUCGUCUCCUGCACGUGCUGGAACUCCUCUGUCUGCUGGCAGCCCCAUCCCACCUCUACCACCAAGACCAUCAUCACGACCUAAAUUACCUCCUGGAAAACCAAACCUAGCAGAUCUGGCCCGUCCAUUCAGCCCCCCCAUCCACUCCUGGAGUCCUCCUCCAUUUGCUCCUCUGGCAAGAGCUGAGAGCACAUCUUCAAUAUCCUCUGUCACUUCACUGAGCGCAGCCUCCACUCCUACACUAGGCAGAGAACUCAACCUCUCUGUGUCAGCGUGUUCCAGAGGGCCAAGUCCUCUCACAAUGGGACCCCAGGACACACUACCAGUAGCAGCCGCCUUCACAGAGACCAUUAGCACCUACUUUAAAGGAGCAGAUCCCACUAAGUGUUUGGUAAAGAUCACUGGUGAGAUGGUGCUGUCUUUUCCAGCAGGGAUCACCAGACACUUCUCCAGCCAUCCCAGUCCACCAGUACUUACCUUCACCCUAAGCCAGUACAGUCGGCUGGAGCAGGUCCUUCCCAACCCACAGCUUCUGUGCUGGUAA